GCAGGAAAUAAGUUACUGACUCGUCGUUGUUCAAGGAGUGUCCGCGUUACAUGGGUUGUGACGACGACCACUCCAUUGAGGCGACGAAGAAGUUGGCCGGUCACAUGAAGCUGACCAUCGACUGGAGAACUAAGGUUCUCUUCGCGUUAACAAGCAGUAGACUGACUCAGAAGAGUCGCGAGAUUGCUCUUGCCGAAGGCAUUGUGAGCAUAAAAUGGAAAGACAUGGGCGACGUGACAUCCAUCGCACCGUUCGGCAAUGACCCCUUGGAGGCGGACAUCAGGAGUGAGGAGCUAAAGGAGGCGGUGGCUGCGACAAAGAGCCACACGUUCGUCCUCGGCCUCUGCGAAGUGGUUGAUCUGAAGAUGUGGAAACCACAAGCGUUCGAUACUCUGGAUUCCCAACUUCAGACGUGGUGUCCGUCACAUUGGACGCUCGUCGUUUUCAUGCCGCGGCAGCAUAACCUCUCGUUUAAGGCCAGCAUGAACCAUCUUUCUUUCGAGAAGCUGCUGGAAGGUGAAACAACGUCGAUUGGUCCCGAAGCCUUGCCACUUGUACUGGCGAUUGAUCCCGAUCCCACUGUCGGGUUCAACUCGACGGAACAUGCCUCUCCUGAUGUCUUAUGGAUUCCCGACUUGGUGCAAGGUGACAAGAGAGAAGAGGUCGAAAGACAAAGCUUGUGCAUCAUGUCGAUGUCGGUAGCACAAGUGGCGAAGACUCUCAUAGAGGUGAUGAAGUAUGCAGAGGAGGGCUUCCACUACAACGGCCGUGGCGAGUUGUCUUUGUUGGAGGAGAGGGUGCCGAGGUACUUUGUUGUUAGCGUGGAUAUGAGAUCCACGAUCAUGGCCAACGGCAGUGGUUGUGUGCAGGCACGAACACUCUUGGAACGAUUGAGAGAGUCACCUGAUGUUCGUGUGGACAGCGACGCGGAAGACGGCCCAUACAGUCUAAAAGGAGUUCUGCAGUGGAUGUGCAGCGAAGGUAUGUGCGACGAAGGACUUGUCGACAUGACAAUGCAACAGAAAGGGGGGACCUAUACACCUGUGGCUUUCAGGAAGUUUAUGCUAUGUGACCUCACGAACAAGACAGAGGAUGACAGGAACGUCAUUCAUGAGGCCUUGCACGAAGUCACAGAGUACGCCGUGCAGGGUCGAGAUCUCAUUGAUUUUGUGUCAGCGUCAGCAGGAGAGGAGAUCAUUAGUGGCAGACCAUUGUGGGGGGGCUUGUUGGGUUGUGCUCUGGAGCGGCUUGGUCUUGCAACCUGCGAUGUUGAGAGACAGAGAGAAAGGGAAGAGGGUUGGAGGUUGAUUGCCAACGAAACAGGGUUACCGAUCAUUGAAGAAACCGGGGAGACAUCAGCAGCACAAGAUACGAGUGGGACGAUGGUGGUCGACGGGUCUACCAUGCACACAUCAACGACAGAGGACUUGGUGUAUAUGGACAUGGGUGAGGGUUUCUUCUUAGGGGAACAACAGUUGGCAGAGCGCAUAGACGAUGCAGAGCACAGAGAUGAUGCAGAGGAGGAGGAUGAGGAAGAGUACGAGGGGUCUGAUGUGGAGGUGAGCGGCAGCGACGUCAGCAGCAACGAAGAGGACGACGACAAUGAUGUGUACUACGAUCUCAAGACGGCAUGUGGACAAGUAACCAAAGGUUGGGCACAUGCAAUCCUCAGGUUGGCACGAGUAUUUUCCGAUCCGCACAACGUGCUGCGUGUGGUGUUCAAGGGGGCGACACCUGAUGGCGCAAUGCAGUAUGCUGCAGAAAUGGACAGCGGUCCACGGAUGUGCGACUGCGGCAGACCUUUCAUGUUCUUACGGACUUUAAACUCGCAUCGUGCGAGGGCAUGCCCCGCCGUGGCGGAUGAGGGAGCGCAAAGGCAAGAGAAUGAUGUUGCCCACGACCCGGGACCAUCCAACAUAGGCGCAACCAAUCUCGCUGGUGAUGAGAGCGAGGACGCGGGGCCGGAGGACGAUGCGAAUGGGGCAGCCGGUGAUAACGCAGAGCCGGCAGCGCAACCCGUCGAGCCUUUUGACAGCUUGCGCAGGCUAGUAGCGCUUAUUUUCUCCGCCAGGGGCGGCGUCGAUAUGUCACAUACGGACGUUGAUGCUCUCUUGUCACUUCUCAAAGACCCGAGAUUCAGCGCGACGGACAUUGCGUACCGCAACAGUCGAGAGUUCUUCGCAUGGGCGGGCAGUCUUGCAGAGGCCGCUGGGUGGAAGGAGUUGGAUCUGCGUAGUGAUGACUGGCCUCGAGAAGCGCACGCCGUCUCGUGGCACCGCGAUUGGCGAACUGCAUUCUUAUCGAUAAUGCAUGUCACGUUGCAGAAAUGCGAGACGGUUUAUUCCCUCGAGGUGUCCCCUCCGUCAAAGGACAACAGUGUAUCCGGUCCGCGCAGCGGGGCGCUCAGUUAUCACACGCAGUCAAUCAUUCGAGCGCACAAAGGUGUCGACAAGAAUGGAUAUUCACGAUAUGUAAUCCCUCUCUCACUGUACUCCGACAAGACACACACAGACGGUCGUCAGAAACAGACGGCAUACCCUCUUAUGAUGUCGCUAGCCGACCACGCAUCGGAAGCCACUCUGCUGGCCUAUCUUCCCAUGCUUCAUCAUCGACCCCGUGACAAAGGAUGGGGUUUACAGUCCACCGCAUUCAGGAAGCGAAAGGCCGUCAUCUUCCACAAGGCCCUUUCGACGGUUUUGCAAGCUGCGAAGGAGGCAUCGCACGAUGACAUCACGAUACCGUCGACGAGAUCCGAGACGCUGAAAACUCAACUCGCAGCAGUUGUGUUCACGGCGGACGAGGAUGACGUGCACCGUGCGGCGGAAGGGCGAAUGGCGGAGUUGGACAUGCAUAGGCAUGUUGAACAGAAUGACCUUUGGGGGUUCUACAGGGGACCGAGUGCCGAUGAUCCUCAGCUAGACUACCACCUCGCAUUGCAACCAGACCGUAUGCACACGAUCGAACACGGCAUAUUCCUGCACAUGAUCGACGCAUUCAGGGUGGCAGCCUUUGAGAAGUUGCCGAACACACCGCAAACAGAGAUCCUGAAGGAACUCGAUGCGAGAUUGCAAUGCGCGAGCGCGACGACUGCAAUGGGGGAUGGCCAGCACUGCGGUGGAGAGCGAUGGCGCAUCAAUGGAGAGGGAUGGAGUACCGAUGAGAAAGAUGGCGCAGCGAUAGAAUGCGUUACAAUGGCCAGGGCUGUGAUGGCAGCGAUGACGAUGGCCAGCGCUGCGAUGGGAGGGAUGACGAUUGUCAGGCAAGCGCGAUGACUGCGAUGGGGGAUAAAGCUUUGCGUCGCGA